AAUCGCCUCCGCUAUCAAAACACCCCAACCCCGUUCGAAACUCCUAUCAGUGUAAAACCGCGAUUUCGUAACGUAGCCGUGAUCGAUUCCGCCGAGGCUAAAAUGAAACACUUCCCAAACAAACUCCUGUGAAAGUUUCUGUGUGCGUGUUUCCCUUGCGAUGUUUCGUCAAGCCGGUUAUGUUUGGGAAUCUCCGGGUGCGAUAACCUCAAGUUCGGGACCCUGUCUGGAAUGAAUCAUGUUGUGCGUUUUCGCGAAAUUCCUUACGGGGCCGGUUCACGCUGUGGUGUUCAUUAGGGCCGAGGGAUAAUCCGCGGUGUUUUCGGGAAGUCUAUGCCGGAACCAUGUCCUACAAACAGGGGAAAGUGUUUUUCGCGUGUGCGUUUCUGCUCAUGGUGAAUGUGUUAGUGUUUUGUACCAACCCCAACCCGACCGUCGCUGAGAAAACACAGUUUGAAGCUGCUUUUCAAGGGCGGUGCGGACAUGAGAGUCCGUGCGAGCAGCUUUGCUACGAGCUCCACGACGGCAUGUUCGAAUGCGACUGUCGCGAUGGCUUCCUCCUCCAUCGCAAUGGAUACAGCUGCCUCCAGCUGAACUCGACGCUAGAGCCACUACCGGGCCACGAAGACCUGCAGCUGGGCGCGACGUUCAACUCGCGGGAGGACUCGCUGGGCGAGGACAUCCUCUACGAGCGCGGGGCCAUGUUCUCGGCGGUGCUCGAGCCCUCGGGGCCCAACACCUCCACCUCGCCCUCCUCCCCGCACUCCCGGGACUGGGCCCACGCCCACUCGCUCGCCACGAACCAGAUCAGCAGACCCGCGGGGCCGGGCAACGACUCGCGGGUCGCCGAGACGCCCAAGAUCAAGUUCAAGAGCAGAGCGGGGGGCCCCACGACGCCGGGGCCCAACUUGGAGCAGAAGGUCCCCGGGGAGGAGCCCUCGGCCGGGGCCACCGAGGCGGUUGGGGUUGCGACGUCGACGAGUGCGCCGGAGUGCUCCUUGGACUGCGGGCCCAAGGGAACGUGUAUCGUCAACUCGGACGCCUCCAGUUAUCCCGGAUUGGAACGAUGUCAGUGCCCCUAUACCAAGUCCGGAGCCCAGUGUAAAACAGAGACGGAGGUGCGAUGGCCGCGGUUUUCGGGGCAGGGGUGGCUGGCGCUGCCGCCCCUGCAGGCGGCGUACAAGCAUGUGCAGAUGCUCAUCGAGUUCCGGCCGGAGUCCUGGCACGGGAUCCUCUUCCUCACCGGAGAACGCGACGACCUCGCCGGAGACUUCAUCGCCAUCCUCCUCAACCAGGGCUUCAUCGAACUCAGAUUCGAUUGCGGAUCAGGGGUAGGCGUGGUGAGGUCUGACGAAACGGUCAAGUUGAACCAGUGGAACAAAUUGACCGUUUACAGGCAUCGAUGGAACGCCUGGAUUCAGUUCAACAACGGCAAACACAUCCAGGGUCGAUCCAAGGGUCUGUUCUCUCGGAUCACGUUCCGGGAGCCGGUGUUCAUCGGGGGCCGCGGGAACACGACCGGGCUCCUGGACAAGCUGCCCACCGACUACGGGUUCCGCGGCUGCAUCCGCCACUUCGAGGUCAACGACCACGUCUACAACUUCGCCCCCCAGCCCCAGGGUGACGUCGUCAAAGGCUUCGACGUCGAGGAAUGCAAAGCUGAUCGGUGUAGUCGGAUGCCAUGCCAGCACGGAGGGAAGUGCAUGGUGUCUGGGCAGUCAGCCGUCUGUCUCUGUCCCCUCGGUUUCAUAGGUGACCUCUGUGAAACUCGCCUUGAUCUCCAGGUUCCGUCGUUCAACGGGUCGAGCUACCUGCGGUACCCGGGGAUGAAGGGGCGGGCCCUCUCGUGGCUGGACAUGAAGCUGGUGAUCAAGCCGACGGCCGAGGACGGCGUCAUCCUCUACAACGGGCGCCGCGGCGACGGCGUCGGCGACUUCAUGGCCGUCUAUAUCUCCGAGGGGCGCAUCUACUUCACCUUCGACCUCGGCACCGGCGCCGCCACCGUCAGGAGCGAGGAGCGGGUGUCGCUGGGGGAGUGGCACGAAGUGGUGGUCUCGCGGACAGGGCGGCUGGCGGUGCUGGAGGUGGACGAGGGCCCGGCCUCGCACGAGCUGUCCCCGGGCGCCUUCACGCAGCUCUCCCUCCCGCUCAACCUCUACCUCGGCGGCGUCCCCAACUUCGACAUGGUCUCCCCCAAAGUCAAGGCCAGGACCUCCUUCCAAGGCUGCAUCCAGAAGGUUGUGAUCAAUGACAGACCUCUGCAAAUUUUUGCGGAAGCGUUAGCCGGUGUAAAUGUAGAUAAUUGUCAACAUCCAUGCCUAGCCAAGCCAUGCGGCGACAGCGCCCGAUGUGUGCCCAUCAAAGAGUCUUACAAGUGUGAAUGCAGCUACCAGUGCGAGGACAGCAAUAAACUCACAGGCGAAAUUAGCGGAGCCUCAUUUGCCGGCACCAACUACUUCCACUAUUCGGAUUCGAAUAUCAUUCAUAGGAUCGUUAACGACAAGCUGAGCAUCAACAUGCGGUUCAAAACAUACUCUUCAUCUGGUCUUUUGCUGUGGAGCGGGCGGUCAGACAGAGGCAACGACUUUUUUGCUGUGGGCAUCUCCGGUGGCCUCCUGCACCUCCGGUACAAUCUCGGCAGUGGAGAGGUUUUCAUCCAGUAUAAUCAUACGCAUGUCAACGACGGACACUGGCAUCGUGUCAAGAUUUACAGGGACGGGCAAGUCGGAAUGAUCUCCUUGGACAAUGAUGAAAUGGUCAGCGGAAGCUCUAUUGGCAAGCUUAGACAGUUAAACACCAAUACAGGACUCUUUGUUGGUGGAGUAGAUGACAUCGAGAUGACAACGCACAAGAAAUACCACCGCGGAAUCACUGGCUGCAUUUCAGACUUGACCUUAAAUAAUGACUAUCAUGUUCGAUUGUCAUUUGUAGAAGACUCCUCGGAUCAAUGCAUCUAAUCAUGCGUCUCUUCAAAUGUGCUUGCCUCCUCACGUUUGUCAUACAAUUUGCAGACGCACCCACUUGAAAAAGUUGGUGAUUACCAAUAUGACUUCUUGCGAGUGAUGCAAUAUUUCUUGCAGACAUAAUGCAAAACUUCACUUUAACAGGGCUGCCGUUUCAGGUUUUAAAAUGUUUUUUGAUAGUCCGAUUUUUUUAUGAAUUCAAGGACUUUGCUGGUCCUCAGUUUGAAAAAAAAAAUAUGGUGGAAAAUUAACUCGCUGCUGCCAAAAUUUGUUAACAUCAAAGUCGACUUUUGACCUUGAGGUAUGAUGCCCAUUUUUAGUUGGCUAUGUUUCUCGUUUUUCCAAAUUCUUGUGGAAACACUUUCACACUUUCACUUCUAAGGGACUAGUCUGGAUAAAUGGCCUGGUUUGAUGUACCAUGUUCUCUCUGUGUAGUGUUUCAGCAGGAAAAGAAACAAAUGUCCAAUUUCAUCAUGGAAAUUUUACUUGAAUGAAAUAUCUAAACACAUGAGAGCCAUUUCGACGUUUUCACAGAAAAUAAGAAGACAUCGAAAACAUACUUCAUUUUUAUACUUCUGAGCAGCCCUGCUUUAAAACCCACACUGUCCUUUUUGUGAUAGAUAGAGGCAUUCUCCCAAAAGACGAGAUUAGAAUAUAUUUUUGAAAGCAAUUAAUUUGAAAUCAUACUUAUAUCGUCGAGAACUUCUCAUGUACAUAUCUUCUUUUCUAGCUCUGAUAUUGAUUUUAAUUCAGAAUCUAUCGGAAAGCACUCAUCUAAGUCUGUUGACCACAUUCAGCAAUUAAUUUUCCUUUUUUACUGGGAGAAUCCAAUCACUUCCUAAAAAAAGAUGAACCCCAAGGGCUCUCGGACAUUUCAUUACGCUUUACAAAUUUUGUGUUUCUGUUCAUUACCGAAAUAGUCCUUCCUAGAAUUUUUUACUUCAAAUGUUCUUUUUUUAAAAGCAUUGUUUAUAACUGUUCUAGUCAAUAGUGCCAUUGGUCACUAUUUUUAUUUUAAGUAUCAUAGUUGCAGGAAGUAAAAUCACAAGAAAAAUAUCAAGGAUGCCUGAAAAGAGUCCAAAGAAUCACUAUAUUCUUAAAUUAUGUUUCCAGUUGGAAUCUCACUUCUUAGCACGUGCUUUAAUACGGCGGAACUCAUUGUUUCUCAUAUUUUUGUGUCAUAACAAAAGAUAGGCACUCAUGGUAAAACUGAGGAAUAAAUUGCUUCCAGAAUGAUCAUGUUAACAUUCUGAACAACGAUUCAAUUCUGGAACAUUGUUCUAUAUCUAUUUUAUUUUGCUUGAAAAAUCAGUGUCACUUAUUCUUUGUCAAUUUUGGCAAUUACCUCUGCACAUGCUUUUUAAGUCAGCGAAUUGUCUUUAAAAGUCUACCAAAAAAAAUCACUUUUUCUUUGUUUUUUAAAGCAGAGCCAGCCUUCAGUGGAUUUUCAAGAGUCAAACUUUCUUUUCGAUGCUUUACUCAUCGAGGUAUUUUACCUUCUAUUCAAAAUCUAUUCUCGAAAUGCUUUCAUACGAGUUAACUUCCUUUUAUCUCCCAUUAUCCAUUUAAGGAUGACAAAUUGUAAUGUUUCUGCAAUAUUCUUCUGGUCAAAUUAUUUGUGCAUGAAAUCUCUGCAGCCUUACUUUGUCCUAGUGAUGUUUUAUAUCCUACUCCAAAAUUCUUUAAAAUAUCACUGGUUCUCUCUGCAUGAACAUCUGAACUCCAAUAUCAUUAUUUCAGUACGAAAUACUCAUGUAUUUAUCACCAGAAUGGUCAAACCAGGGUGUUUACUGAUCGUGAAAAUUUUGGAGGGGCUGCUUAAUUUUCCCGGAAUUUUUUUUGAAGUAAGUUAAAAAUGUUUCAAUUACAUUAAAAGCCAAUCAAAAUUGAAGAAAAGUUAAUAUGGCUGCAUACCCUGCUCUGAUACGACUAUUCUGUAGUCGAUUUUUGUCCAGGAUCUCUGAUAUAUGUGCAAUUUUGACUUUCUUCGACUUCAGAAAAAUUCUGAAGGAGAGCAAAAUCAUUAUAAAAUUUGUGUACCUCGUCCGAAUCUUUACAAAAUCAUUGUAUUUUAAAUCAGAAAGAGAUCAAAUUGAAAUCACUAGAGAUCGUCCCAAACUUCAGUUUCUAAAAAGUGAUGAAAGAUCGCAGCAGACACUCUGGUAAUGCCUAUUCCCUUUAGCUAUCUUAAUUUUUUUUAGGAGAGAGUAUAUCAUAUCAACGAAAAAACGUUAAGACUUUAAAAGUUUAUAUUUAGGUACGAUAAAAUUGAUACUUUUGAAUGCUUUUCAUGUGGGUAUUUUUGCACCCUUCUGCAUACUGCAAUAAUCACAAUUUUUUAGACCCCUAGAAAUGCCAUUUAUCAAAAUUUCAAUUUUUUAGUUCAAUUUUUCACAAAUUUUGUACAUCUCAUAAAGUCUUCUUUUCGUUUGGAUCUCCAGAUUCAUCAAUGUUUUUUCGCUGUAGGUUUUAUUUUUUUAUGUACAUAAACUGUUCUCAAGUAUAUAGAUUUGUUGAUAGUGCAUUAAGUGUUAAUGGAAGUCAGGAUACAGUAAUUCUGUAAUUUAUGAAAACGCUCAGUCUUUUUAUUACAUAGGUUGCCUGUGGCCCAAAAAGAAUAAGACCCAGGGUAAAUCGUUUCUUUUUCCCCACUUCAAAAUGAUUUUUGUAGAUGCUUCUCAGUGGAAAAAUAUACUUACCUGACGUUGUCGCGGAUGAUAAGACGUCUAGAGCAGCCUACUAUGCUGCCGUGCUAAGGAAGAGUGCCGUAUGAACAUUCGAGAGUUGCCAAAUCUCCCACAAUAAAAUGUUUAUUUUUGAGGAUUAUUGUUAAUAUUUUUCCUUGAAAUUUUCAGACAUUUUCGAUCAAAUUACUAGUAAAAUUGUCUGAGAAAUUGGCAGAAAAAUAUUUAAAAACAAAUCUGAAAAUUAGUGAUUUGCCAGAGGAAAUUUGGCAUAACCUCAAGGUUCAUACAUCGUUCUUUCUUAGCGUGGCAGUAUGGAGAGUAUGGACAUUGCAAGAUUCAUUUCUGACUGGCUCAGCCAUUUUUGGCUACAUGUAACUCUCCAGGGCUACAAAUGGCGGAUGCUCCAAGCAGGUUUAUGAUAAUAUAACUAAAAAUUCAGUUUUAUUUAAUCUCAGUAGGGGUAAAAUUUACUAGGAGAACAAAUAUACUUAAUUCAUUUAAAAAUCUAAUUUGAACAUCAAAUAAACGAUGAUUCCGUCCUGCAUACAUCCGUUAUCAGUGGCGAUGUUGACAGAAAGAGGACCAGGUGAAAAUCGUCAAAAUAUGGUGGCAACCCCCUCUCAUCCAAAGUUAUCGCUAUUUUUGGGCCCUGUUAAUAAGCAACCCCCUCCAAGCAAGUGUCCAUGCCUCAAUUCAAUCUCGUAGCUGAUUAUAGAAGAGUUUGGAUGGUUAAAUUCCUGAGGUUGGUUGAUAAGUUAGGAACUAAUCUGUUUGUAAAUUUUAAGAUUUGGGGAAAACUUCAAAUAUAUUGAAUUUUAAACGAAUCAAAUAAAGUCACUGCCGGUUAGAUAAAACACGCUUACAAUCAAAUCUGUUCUAAUGUCUCUUUACAGAAUCACUGUAUGUAUACACUUGUCAAUUUUAAGGAACUUAAUUUAAUUUUAUCUCCUGAGUUUUUCGCAGCUAAUUUGUAUCAGUAGGAUUUGAAAGCUAGAAAAGUAUAAAGAGUAAGUGCUAACCCUACUUUUUGGAAAUGCUCACUAUAUAAUGGAAAUGUUUUAAAGUCUUCAGUGAGCAAAUACUCAUCAAAAACUAGUCAAAAAAUAAUUAUGGUAUCAAGUUAAGUAUCGACUCCUUCGGUCAACAUCGGAAACAUGUAUCGAAAUCCACGAUCAUCACUAAUUUAUUGCCAUUCAGUACUUAAAAAUCGAAGGUCAAGACUUGAAUCGUCCAGAAAUUUAAUCCAUACUCAAUUCAAAAUGUAAUCAUAAGUUGGCGUGAAAACUUUCAAGGAUCAUCACUUCCUAUUCAUAUCACUCGGUUUCCGAUUUUUUUGUCAGUUGCUCAUGACGACCAACAAUACCAGUGGCACGGCAUGCUUUGCGAUAUAUCUAUUGAUCUGGCGUUUAAACUCAUGGAAGAGGAUCGAUAAACAGGGUGUUUGCAAUGAACACCUUGAUAAUCGAUUCUUUACCAUAGCUUCAAAUGAGGAAAUAUGGAUAGUCGAUCAUUCAUGACCCACAGCUGAACGACACAACUAUUAAUUCCUCUUGUUGUAAAAUCGUCCUUGUACUGAUCAUUAAUGUAAUUUUUCGAAUUUGUUGAGACUUCGCCCAUUCUUCUUUACAAUGAAUGAAAAAUGGACAAAUAGUUUUCAAAGGAACCAAAACACCCAAACAAAUAUUAAAAAAAAAAAAAAAAAACAUAGGUUUCAAGUUUCCUAUAAUUUUAUUACCGAAACUAUAUUUCCUUUCCUCCUUGAGAUUACUUCCUGUCAUUUGUCCGAGUAUGGAAAUUUCGUUUUCUAAAAGUGGGGAAUGAUUCCUCAAAAAAGGGUCGAGUAGAGAGUGAUUUUGCUUUCAAAAGAUGAUCAAGACACUUCUGUAAUUUAUUUAUUCUUUUUUAUUAGCCUCUAGAGAACACUGUUAAAUAUUGUGACAUAUCAUAUUCUACAAGUGUACAGUCGUUAGAUGUUUAGCUGUCUUUUGGCACCCUAUCAUUUUGUGUAUUCUGUAUAGCUAUCCUGCAUUUACUGAAAAUGUGUAGCAAGUACUCUAAUUAGGAACUUCCUUCUUACAUCCACACACUUCAUCACACCCCUCUUUUAAUAAGUGUCAGUUGUGUGUUUUUGAUCAUGAAGAAAAAAAAAAUCUAAUUUCUUUGUAAUUUCA